AUGGGCGCCUCGCAAAAGACGGCAAUGGAUCCGCGUCACAAACUCUCAAAAUCACUGGACCAGCUCUUCGUCGACCCGGCCAACCCCACAAUCAUGAGCGCACGCACAGACGACGAGGCUGCAAGAAACGCUGCUAGCUCCGGCGUCACGCCCGAGGCGCUCAAGCAAAAGCUCAAAAGCAGCCUGGGCGCAACCCAUGUCGAGAUCGAGGACAUGAGCGGCGGAUGCGGGCAAAUGUUCGAGGCCAUCAUUGUCUCGCCGCAGUUCACCAAGAAGACAACCCUGGCGCGGCAUCGCCUGGUGAACGCAGCGCUGAAAGAGGAGAUUGCUGCUAUCCAUGCCUGGACGCCCAAGUGCCAUACCCCCGAAGAGUGGGAGAAGAAGAAGCCGCAAUGA